AUGGAAAUCAGCAAUCGCCAAGACAUCGAAAAAUUGAUAGCUUACAGCAAAAGUAUUCAAGUUGGUCUCAUCGAAGAUGAUUUCAAUGAUCAAUACACUCCCCCUGAGAAACAUGUCUAUGAAUCAGAAACACUUCCUGACAUAAAAUUAGAAGAAUUCGAACCUAAUCUAAAUGAAGAUGAAAUGCUUAAAUUAUUAAAACAGAAUGUUCAAUCUGCUAAAAUGAAAGAAAGUGUGAGCAGUGAACAUGAUAGUCUCGACAGUUAAGAUUCAAUUGAAAGGAGAUCCACUCCUCCAAAACUUGAUCCUCAAAUCCAAAUCCAAAUCCCUGUCUAGAAAAGCUAAACUACUGUAGACAUGACAGAGUACAACAAAGUUCCUGAAGAAGUCUUGUAAUUAUUGGACGGAGCAAAAGAACGCAAAUCAAUGCUGGGUGCAGCCAUUAAAAAUACUAAAGGAACCAGCAUGUUAUUGCAAUCACAGGGAAAGCCUAUUAAGAUUUACUUUUUUAACACUCAAUAACACAUUCAACUCAAUGUUACCAAAAGUACUACAGUCCUAUAAGUUAUUAGAAUAAGCAUAACUGAAUAUUAUAAAAAUAACAAUUACGAUUAGAGAUUAUUGAGAUAUCCUGAUAAUGUUGAUGCUUACGAAAUAAGAUUUGUUGAUGAUGACUAUGAAUUCAAAGCAGAAAUGGCGUUUGGUGCUAUUGAUAAAAAAAAAGAAAUCCUCUCAACUUAGACGAAUGUUUUCUCUCUUAUUGAAAUAAGUAACUACAAAUCACAAACUAAUGAUAUGCAGAUCUUAGAAAAAGUUAAUCCAAAUAUGAUCCUUGUUGAUGUCUUGAUUAUUGACUAGAAACCUGAAAAGAAUGUCACUACAAAAAUUUAAUUAGAUAAAAAUUCUAUUGUUCAAGAUAUAUUCACUUAGAUUAAUAAAAAGAAUAAAUAAAUCAAUCAAAUAGAUUAUAUUAUUCAAUUAAAUGAUGAUGACACUCUUUUAGAUCUAGAUUUAAGAAUGCCAGUAGCUCAAUUAUAGAAUAAAAAAGUUUAAAUAAAAUAAAAGACUUGGGCAGAUUAGGCAGAACAAUAAUUCGUUAAUAGUUAAAGAAGAGAUACUAUUACAGAACAUGAUGAUUAUGUUGAUGCUCCCUUAAAUCAUAUCCAAGCAUUUAAAUAUGAAAAGUUUACAGUGGUUAAAAUCAAUGAAAGAGGAAAAAGAUAGGAUAGAAUAUUAGGAAUUGACCAAUUCAGAAUUUAUAAUAUGAACAAAAAGGAAAAUUUAGGAUUGUUUGAGAGGAUUUUAAACAAUAAAAACUCAGGUACAAAGUUCCCAUAGAGAUUAAUAGAAGAUAUUGUUGAUAUUCGGAUUGCUCAUUAAUUUUUAUACAUUACUUUUAGAUAAGAGAAUGACUUCAAAGAAUUGAAAUUUGAUACUUUAGAUUCUAAAAUUGCUUAAAAAAUAUACAAGAAGAUUAAUUUUAUCCGAGACUUUUAGAUAACAACUUAAAAAUAUAGAGCUUCUAUUUAAAAAUUAGAUUGA